GAUGCAGGAGGAGGCCCCGGGCCGGGCAUGGCGGGCGAGGCGGCGACGGCGACGACGGCGACGGAGGAGAUCACCCGGCUGCGGAAGCCGCGCUUCUCCUACGAGGAGAACCAGAUCCUCAUCCAGGAGGUGCGGGCCCACUACCCGCAGCUGUACGGGACGCAGAGCCGGCGGGUGACGGUGGCGGAGCGGCGGCGGGUGUGGGAGGGCAUCGCCGCCAAGAUCAACGGCGUCACCACGUGGCGGCGCACGGGACAGGAGGUGCAGAAGCGCUGGAACGACUUCAAGCGGCGCACCAAGGAGAAGCUGGCCCGCGUGCCCCACUCCACCCAGGGCGCCGCCGGGCCCGCCAACGACGACGCCGCCGCCUUCUCCGCCGAGGAGGAGACCAUCUUCGCCAUCCUGGGGCCCGGCGUCGUCGGGGGACGCGGCCGCGGGCCGCCCGAGCCCGCCCCGGGACCCCUCCGGCCCCCGCCCGCCGGGGCCCCCGGCCGCCGCCGCCUCCCGGCCGACGGACGGCGGAGCGAGACGCCGGCCCGGGGCAAAGUGUGCAGCAGCCCAGAGCCCUCCGCCCGUGUCCCCUGCUGCCCGCUGGACGGGGCCCUGGUCCGGCCCAAGGAGCGCGACUCUCCCGCCCCGCCGCCGGCCCCACCCCCGCUGCAGAUCAUCCAGCUCCCGCGCUUGGCCCCUUCCCCGGCGUCCCGGCCCCCGGCCCGCCCGGGCCCCUCGCCCCCUGGGGAGGACGCCCCCUCCCCGCCGCUGCCGCUCGACCCCUCCCUGGACUUCCUGCAGGCGCAGCGCGAGACCACGGCGGCCGUCCGCGAGCUGGCAGGGGCCCUCCGCCAGGGCCUGGACAAACUGAGCCACGUGCUGGCCACUCUGCUCCCGCUCCUGCCCGCCCCGGGCCCGGCCCCGGCAUCCUCGCUGCCCGCCGGGCGGGGAAGGGGCAACGGGAAGCCAGGGCCCUGGGCCCCGAGCUGCCCCCGUCGGAUCGGCCGCUUCCUCGGCGGCACCCUGAGCCAAGUCUGA